AAGUCCUCCAACCCCACACCAUGCUGCCAUGUCGCGUCGCCCCAGGAAUUCGCGUUCACGACGCGGGCGUGAUGGGGCUCUGACAGCCCCACAUGCGACCUACCUCGUCGCUCCGUCUUGAUUUCUUCGGCCACCAGUCCCGAUACUGAUCGCCGAACAGCAACUUGCCCGCCAUGCCUGCUAUCUUGGAUGACCCAACUGCGCCCGUCCAGUUCAGAACGUCAGGCCAGGUUCCGUACCCUCCGCCUGGCGGUCCGUUGCCUGUGGGCAUCCACCCGUGUCCAGUUACUCUGCGCGACCGUACCACGAUUGCGACCAUCAUCCCGUUCUCUGCGCCCAACCAGGUGCCCCUCACAUUGCUGGCGUACCUAUGCGACCAGCUGGGUCGCGAGAUUGAGAAAGGCGACACGUACCCUAUGGUCGAUUCGCUACCUCUGGAAACCUUUGGCCCGUAUUGGUUCGGUGUCUUUGGCGCUAUCAUGCUCUUGGGCGAGAUACAGGACGGGCGAGAGCUGCAUGAUAUGGCGCGGAGAGGCUGCGACUGGGAGAGGGAAUGUCUGGGAAGUUUUUACAUAAAGCCAAACUACCCCGGAAGGUCCAGUCACGUCUGCAAUGGUGGCUUCUUGGUCACGGAUGCAUCGCGGAAUCGAGGUGUCGGUCGUCUGAUGGGCGAGACGUAUCUGGACUGGGCGCCAAAGCUGGGCUACACAUACUCCGUUUUCAACCUCGUCUACGAGACCAACGUAGCCUCCUGCCGGAUAUGGGAUGCGCUUGGCUUCAAACGGAUUGGCCGUGUUAAGGGUUGUGGUAAUCUCAAGUCCUACCCAGGCGAGCUAGUGGACGCAAUCAUAUACGGUCGCGAUCUUGGACAAGACGAUGAUGUUGUGUCAGAAGAGCGCUUUGACAAGAUCCGGUUCUAUCUCAAGAACAACAAAUAUCCCAACGGUGCCGACAGGGCAGAGAAGAGCCGUCUCCGCAGUGCCGCCACGCACUACAAGCUUACUCCUGCGACGGACGACGAACCGGAGAAGCUCUGGCUUAAAGGCAAAGAAGUUAUCGCGGACCCACAACAGCAGUACGACAUCGCGCGAGACAUCCACCACAAGUCACAUGGUGGCAUCAACAAGACCACUGCUGCCAUUGCGGAAUUAUAUCAUUGGGUGCGCAUCAAGGAGACUGUCAGUCAGGUCAUUCGCAACUGUCCCGAGUGUAGCGAGAUGAACAAGGGCCUUUCAACUAUUCGCACAAAUCAAUCAGCACGGUUCUUGCAAUCGAACGGUGCAUUGCAAUCAAACAGCGUACUGCAAUCGAACGAACAGCAAUCUCAUACACCGACCCCACCUAUCCAGUACUCACAACACAACCCGCUUCAUCGUCAGGACUCACAGAGCAAUCAACUCCAACUGCCUACUCAACAACACCACGACCCCUAUCCUCCGUACGUCCCAAAUACUGCCUUCGACAUGCCGGUAGAUCCUGCACUGAUGGAGGGGGUCAGCAUGAACCUUGCAGACCUCCCUCCGUCGCCUUUCCUUGCUGCUGGCCAAAGUUAUAGUAGUAUCCCCCAGAUGGGCAACCUUGAUCCAUCGGCAGCUCAUUUUCAUGACAAUUCUCCCAAUAUGAGUAUUGAUUCGCCGAGUACGGAAGAGCCAGCUCCGGGUACGAGGGAUGAGCUACAGCGCAGGAUUGCUGCGUAUGUUGAGACUCCGAGGCGAUGAGACUGACGUGAUGUGAUAGAUGAGUUGAAAUAUGAGUACGACUUCAAGUUCGGUUUUUACAACUUUCGACGAAACGAUUUGCCGGGUGUGGUAUUCACAGCCCCGUUACAGCGUCUGGGCUAUCCUCCAGUGUCGGGCGCUGCUUCCACCAGUCUGUUCCAAGACUUGAAUACUUGGGAGUGGAAGGCGAAGAAUGGGUUGGGAGGACACAAACGAUAUCCCUGAGCGUACAGCGUUUUCUGUCUAAGAAGUAGUUGUAACACACCUACCUAUGUUUGGUGAAUUCAAAACAAAGUCAAGUGAUUGACAUUCCAUCUAUCUC